AUGAACGCGAAGAAGGUUAUAACAUUUGGGAAAAUUAGUAAAGAUUUAAAUCUAGAAGGAACAAAAAAUACAGAAUCUACUCCGGAUACUAGUUCUGGAUUCGGUACGUUUGGUAAAAAGUCAGUGGAGACUAACGUGACGAAAAUGAAUGAAAUCAAACCGGAAGACGAGGAAGAGUCCCAAAAUUUGAAGCAGGUUAUGGGCAUAACAGGUUUUGGUAAGAAGGCCAAGUCCUUUGACGUGCAAGAGAUGCUGGAAAAUAUUGCAAAAACAGUUAACAUUAACAAAGCAAAUUCUGAAAGGGCAAAACUUGCUGAGAAAGAGGUUAAAAUUCAGUCAUCAGAGGAAUCUAUAAACAUUGAUGUUAAUGAUGGAAAUACCACUGGAAGCGAGGACGAGGAGGAGGAGGAGGAGGAGGAGGAGGAGGAGGAUUUUGUUGGACCCCCAAUACCUUCUGAAUUUCAGAAUUCGACGAAUUCAAAACAGUCUAUGAAGGUCAGAGACAAGAGUGACGAUGAAAGUGACGAUGAUGAUGAAUCUGGUACUGAAGAAGAAUUACAAUUGAAAGACAAAGUCCCAUGUAGUCACGAGGUUACAAUGACUCAUGGAACAAAGGCAGUAACAGCCAUAGCAGCAGAUCCUUCUGGAGCUAGAUUAGCUUCAGGUUCCAUUGAUUAUGAUGUUUGUUUCUGGGAUUUUGCUGGUAUGGACUCAUCUAUGAGAAGUUUCAGAACGUUACAGCCUUGUGAAAAUCAUCCGAUCAAAUGUUUACAGUAUUCUAUGACUGGUGAUGUUAUAUUAGUUAUAUCUGGUUCAGCACAAGCAAAAGUCUUAGAUAGAGAUGGCUUUGAAAAAUGUGAAACCGUGAAAGGUGAUCAGUACAUAUCAGACAUGGCACGUACUAAAGGACAUACCGCAGGAUUAUACAGUGGCUGUUGGCAUCCAUUCACAAAGGAAGAAUACCUUACUUGUUCGCAAGAUAGUACAUGUAGAAUAUGGAUUUUGUACAGGCCACGUGCGCAUAAACAUUUAAUAAAGUGUAGAGCACAGAAUGGAGUUAAAACCAUACCAACUACUUGUGGUUACAGUAGAGAAGGCAAUGUAGUCGCUUGUGGUUGUAUAGAUGGUUCUAUACAAAUGUGGGAUCAUAGGAAAAAUUUUGUGAAUCCAUCGUUGAUUCAGAGGAAUGCACAUGCACAGGGUUGCGAGAUAUCAAGCUUGAGUUUCUCUUAUCUUGGUCAAAUGCUUGCAACUAGAAGCUGCGACGACACGUUAAAGCUUUGGGAUUUGAGAUCAUUUAAAACGCCAAUCUUCGAAGCAAAAGAUAUAUAUUCCAGAUACGAUACGACUGACUGCAUGUUUAAUCCAAAUGAUUCGAUCCUCAUUACAGGAGAAUCACUAAAGAAAAAUCAGAAUACAGGUAGAAUUCUGUUUUAUGAUACAAAGACUUUUGAGCUAGUUAACAGAAUAAAUGUGACAAAUUCGCACGUUAUUAAGACAUUGUGGCAUCCAAAGCUAAAUCAAAUAUUCGUUGGUUGUGGAAAUGGAAUAGUUAAAGUAUAUUAUGACUCCAAGAAAAGUCUGAGAGGAGCGAAAUUAUGCGUUGUAAAAACGCAUAUGAAACAGAAACAUAUUGAAGUAAUGUCGACUCAGCAAAUUAUCACGCCACAUGCACUUCCAUUGUUUAGGCAAGACAGGCCUAAGUCAGUACGUAAGCAAAUGGAGAAAGAUCGUUUGGAUCCUGUUAAAUCAAGGAGACCAGAUUUACCAAUUACCUCUGGGCAAGGUGGGAGAGUUGCAUCUUCUGGUGGAACUCUCAGUUCUUAUGUAAUUCGAAAUUUGGGACUUAGUAAGAGGAUAGAGGAUGAUCAAGAUCCUCGGGAGGCUAUUUUGAAGUAUGCAAAAGUAGCAGAAGAGAAUCCGUACUGGAUAGCUCCAGCGUAUAAGAAAACCCAGCCACAGACAAUAUUCCAGACGACAGACGAACAAGAUGGAGCGCCAAGUACGAAGAAGCAAAAAACUUAA